AUGUUUAUUUCGUUAAAGCAAGCAAUCACAAAAUUGAAAAAUUUAUUUAAAUGGCCGAGGUUAAAAUUUAAACAAUUUUUAGCCGCUCUGCUUGCGUUGGCGCUUGUGUUUAUCGCGUGGCAGGUGUGGUGUCAAGAUCCCGAGGAACCGCUCGUGCCGCGGACGUUACGUAGUUUCAUUAGGUUCCGAGAAGGUUACACGAUAAGACCAGUAAUUCGUAACCAGCAUCAACUAGAUCAACUCGCUACGCGUAUAGAACGCCUCAAUCAUGAUGCGGAAAUCUUCAACUGGAACCGCUGCGGCCGCCUCCGCGACGACACCGACAUUUUUCUCAUUCAAGUGCACAAAGAUAUAGAACGACUCCAAUACUUAAUCGUCUCUCUCGGUCAAGUCAGAUACAUCAAAAAUGCUAUGCUUAUAUUUUCCCAUAGCUACUACGAUGAUAAAAUAAACAAAUUAAUUCGCAGUAUAAGGUUUGCCAAAGUAAUGCAGAUCUUCUAUCCCUAUUCCAUGCAACUGAACCCUGACAAAUUCCCUGGCGCGGACUCGGAAGACUGCAAUGGCAGUGUGACGUGCGUCGGCCGGGACGCACUCCGCGCCGAGCGUAAACACCAUUGGUGGUGGAAGGCGCACUUUGUUUUUCACAGCUUCGACUGGUCGGAAAGCCAUCGCGGCAUGGUUACUUUCCUGGAAGAAGACGAUUACGUGCUCCCUGACAUAUUGUACAUACUCAAGUACGCGCGGCAAGCGCUCAAAUACUUUACAUCUGUGGACGUGAUCUCUUUCGGUCGGCUAUGGGCGAGGGGGCUCGAUUACGACCUGCUAACGGUGGAUACGUGGCGACCGCCUUACGACAGGGGUCUGACGUUCAACCGCACGGCGUGGCUAAAGAUCGUCGCCCUGGCGUCGCACUUCUGCUUUUACGACGAUUCGAGCUGGAGUUACUCGUUGAUGAAUCUGUUCGGGCAGUUUCCGCGAGGUUACUCAGAUAUGGUGGCGACGGUUGUUGCUCGCGUACACGCGACACGUGAUUUCCCGAGCGGGUGGGCGGCGGCGGCUCGGUUGUCGAGGGCGCCGCGCCGCGGCAUGUUCCCUCGGGCGGUGCGCGCGGUGGUGAUGUUCGGUAGCGCGGGGCGGCUGCGGCGCGAGUGGCACCCGCCCCCCCGCGGCGACGGCGGCUGGGCCGACCUCCGCGACCACAUGCUCUGUCUCGACCCGCUCCAAGCCACCACCACCGACACGUCCACCGAUACCACUUACAUGUUCGAACUUACCAAAAUGAAAAAUGUGUCGCGUCCACAAUGA